AUGUCUUCAACUUUCUUUAAUGUUUUUCUUCCUCUAUUUCUUUUUCAUCUUUUCAUCACUUCAUCAUCUACCUCUGCAACCAGAUCCCAUUUUCUUCCAUCGACAACCCUUAAUUCAUCUAAACAACAAACAAAAGAUCCCAUAACCUCACCUGACUUAUUAUCUCAAGAUGAUAAUAAUACCUUCAAACAUAACUCUUCAACUCUGAGGUUCAUAAUUCCUUCUCUUGCUAUUAAGAAUCCUAGUAAAUUCCUUGUCGAACAUGCUGGUUACAUCCCGAUUCCAUAUCAAGAAAGGAUGUUCCACUUCUUCUUUCCUUCACGUAAUAACCAGACCAAUGACCCAUUUAUACUAUGGUUGAAUGGAGGGCCCGGAGCUAGUGGUUGCAUUGGGUUAUUCUAUGAAAAUGGUCCAUUUACUCUCAAAGAUGACGACCUCUCUCUUGUCGAGAAUAAAUAUAGUUGGGACAAGAAAUUCUUUGAUGGGCAUCGUGAUUUUUCUCAAAAUGAUUUCUUCAUAAUCGGACAAACUUAUUCUGGGAACUAUGCUCCUGCUCUAGCUGCUCGGAUACAAAGUGGAAAUAACGAGAAGGAUAAAAUUCAUAUAAAUCUCAAGGGAUUUGCUAUUGGUAAUGGACAUACAAAUCCUCAAAUUCAAUACCCAACAAUACCAGAAUACGCGAGGUCUCAUGAUAUAAUUACAGAAGACCAAUACUCAAUUGUAACAAAAAUUGGUAUUGACGCUGGAUGUAUCGCUGCAUUUACGGAUUGUGGUAACAUAGUUCCUUUUAUUGGUGGUGUUGCUAAAGACAAAAAUCUUAAUAAUAUCGAAAAGCCUCGUGAGGGUAACGACAAAAUUUCCAAGUUGAAUACGUUUCUUAAUAGGCAAUCCAUAAAGGAAGCUCUAAGUGCAGGAGAAAAACCAUUUGUUUCUUUGAACCGUGAGGUAUUUAAAGCAAUGAUCAAAGACUAUAUGAAGAGUGUUGAUUCUAAAAUUGCUGGUUUACUCGAAGAGCGACGAGGAAUCAAGGUCCUUAUCUACGUAGGAGAUCAAGAUCUUGUAAACAAUUGGAUUGGAAUUGAGAAGUGUGUGUCCGAAAUGAAGUGGUAUGGUAGAGAAGAGUUUAAUGGAGCUUCAUAUGAAGAUUUUGUUGUUGAUGAUACAACUGUGGGAUCUAUUAAAAAAUAUGGUCCUCUCACUUAUGUUAAGGUUUUCCACGCCGGUCAAAUGGUUCCAAUGGAUCAACCAAAAGCUGCUUUUAAGAUGAUACAAAAUUGGAUGCAAACAGAAAUAAAUGAAUAA